AUUCAGGCGGAGACUGCCGUGUGUCUCGGAGUGACUCGUCGAGAUGAGACAUUGUUUGUCUUUAUUAUUCAUCGUGCUUUUAAAGAAUGCCGCUUCUUCGUCUACCACCACGCCUAUAUUUGAGAGCACAACAUCAAACGAAACGACUGCAACAGAUUUCAACUAUACCACAACAAUAAUUACCACGACCACGGUCGCACCGGACAUCAUCGAGACAACACUGUUCAAUAGAUACGUCUUUGAAGGGGUGGAUUAUGAUGUCCUACCUCAGAACUUACAAGAUUUAUAUAACGAUUGCUAUGGACAAAAUAUCCGGUGUGUGAGGCAUAGAACGGACCAUUAUCCCGUGUGCGGCUAUAAUCUGAAAUCGGGGUACUACGAUGAUUAUUACGGACCGUGUGAAAUCGAAUUGCAGAACUGUUAUUACAGAGUUAAAAAAGGCUACGGGAUAUACGGGACUGAUUACAAAAACGAUAUCAUUUUCUAUAAUGGCGAAGGCUAUAACUGUAUAUAUUAUUUAAGAAAAGCGAAAAGUAAAGAGGAAAUGCACAAACUUUACAUGGGAGAAGAUUACGACGACGAUGCAUCUCGACGACGUGGUUGGAAAAGAUAAUAAAUUAUUCAUUGACAAUUUUACAAUUUUGCUUUAGUUUACCGACUAAACAAAAUGAAUAUUAAACUAUCGAUUGUCUUCAUA